UAUCCAUGAGAAAGGAAAAAAAACUGGACAGUUUUUUCCUUCAACCCUUUUUAUUUUGUCAAAUGGGCUGCCUUUGUAUUCCAGCCAAAGACGAGAAGAAUUGGCACCAAAGCAAAAGUACAAAAGGGGAGUGUGGAACACUCAAAACCUCUCCCUGUGUGUACUUAAGCUUCAAGUUAGAUUCUGCUCAGUGUGGUCCAAAGUUUGGAGGAAUGAUACCGUUCAUCUGUCGUAUAUAAAAUGUCAGGUCUGCCAUCCCUGCUGAAGCUAAACAGACCACGUUUUUAGUCCACGAGAUCUUCUUUAUCCAUGGACCUUGCAGCGCUAGUGGCCACAAUCGCGUUGCUCGCUCUCGCUUCAUGGAGCUUGUUCUUCCUCCAGCACUUGAAUCUCCGCCGGCGAAUGCCACCCGGCCCGAUCGGCUGGCCUGUUCUUGGAUCCAUGCGUGAGAUCCCCCGGCUCCUCUCCGAUCCACAAAAGUUCCAGCAGCUGGUCGCGAGGUAUGGCCCCAUCGUCACGCUCUGGAAUGGCUCCGUCGCCACCAUCCUCAUCUCCAGCCCCGACAUCGCUCGCGAGGCGCUGGUCGAGAAAGGCUCGGUGCUUGCCUCGAGGCCCGACGUCCCCUCCAUGAGGCUGCUCACCAGCGGCUUCAAGACCAUCAACUCGUCGCCGUAUGGAGUCCACUGGCGAGCCACGAGGAAGAAUUUGGUGAGUGGCAUCCUGAGCCCGCGGGUGAUGAGCGGCUUCGCUCCGGUCCAAGAACAAGCCGCGGAAGAUCUGGUGCGAAAGCUUGCAUCCGAGGCGAAACAGUCCGGCGGCACUGUCGAGUCCCUGUCCGUGAGUGUAAGGUGCGUUCUCUUCCAGAUCCUGAGCUUUGUAUGCUUUGGACGAAAGUUGGAGGAGGCCAAGUUGGAGGAGCUCAACGCUCUGAUGAAGGAGGCCACCACGAUGCUGCAUCCUGUGCUCGGGGAUCUGGUUCCGUUUCUCAAAGUCUUCACUAGCCACACCAAGCAGAAGAGCUUCUUGGUACGUCAAAACCAGCUGCUCAAAGGGCUCUUGUCCCGAGAAUGUCCAGCGGCCAGCGAAAGCUACGUCCAGACUUUGCUUUCACUCCAAGGGAAGAACUUGGAGGAUGUCGACCUCGACUUAGCUGUUCUCGUGAGGGAGCUCUUCAUUGCCGGGGCUGACACCACCACCAACUGUGUUGAAUGGAGUAUGGCCAACCUGAUCAAGUACCCAGGAAUACAGGAGAGAGUCUUUCGAGAGCUGGCUGAAAACGUCGGGCAGAAAAGCGGGGUGAAAGUUGCUGAUCUGCCAAAGCUGCCAUACCUGCAUGCGGUCGUCAAGGAGGCUCUGAGAAAACACCCUCCGGUGUACUUGUCUGCGCCUCGCACGCCGGUUCACGCAACCAAGCUCGCAGGAUAUGACAUCCCCAAGGAAAGCACUGUGGUGGUUCAUCUCCAGAGCCUGUCCAACGAUGCAGGCGUUUGGAAGAAUCCCGACAAGUUCCUGCCGGAAAGGUUCUUCGAGCAGACCGAGUUGAGCAAGAGAAUGAGCAUGAUCCCGUUUGGAGCUGGAAGGCGAGAUUGUCCCGGGAAGCACCUCGGAAUGCUACACGUUCAUCUCAUUGUCGCCAACUUGGUCCAGGCAUUCGAGUGGAGAGCCGAAGGCAAGGAAGUGGAUCUAAGCCCGAGAACAGUCUUCACGGUUCAGAUGAAGAACCCACUGAGAGCAUCUAUCUGUCAAAGACGAUCUUAGUGUUUGACUUUAAGAUAUCGGAGCAAGUGUCACCUUUCAGCU